AUGGCUCCAAAUCCAUUUGACGCAAGUUAUCAUCUGUCAAAACCAGCAUUGGUUUGUCUAUCUCUCUUUGUAGCAGUUUGUGUUUUGUGUUUCCUAGCUUUCAUCCUCACAUUAGUACGACAGAAGUUGAUCGCCAAAACUAAAAUCAGUAAAUCUUUUAUGCGUCGCUUCUCUUAUGACACUUUCGACUCCCAGACACCGACUCCGUCUAUUCUUCUUGACGAACAAUUCGUCCAACCUUCAAAUUCUAGCUGCCGUUCUCUUAAAAAUCUCUCACCAAUACAUGAAGCUCACUCAGAAAAUCUAUGGAUUCUUGAUCUUUUCCUACGUCGACAUUCUGCGCCCAAGUCCUCUCAGCAAUUCAGAAGACCCAGUGAAAAACGUUUUCUAUAUCGAUCUGUUAAUAGCAACAUCCAGUUCUCCCGCUCUGUUGCUAAUUAUCCCACUCUUCACCUCUCCAUCAGCUAUAUCCAUACUGUGGAACUUCUAAGGAUAGUUAUAGAUAAAGUAACUGGUCUUUCGAAAGGUGACCCCACACCAAAGAUUUAUACUCUAGGGCUUCGAAUAAUGUCAAGAUCACCGACGAGCGCUUAUUUGAGUAAGCCCCUAGUGACACCCGCUAUAGCUGGAUAUCCAACAUUUGAUCAUCUUUUCGAAUAUACAGUAAGUCUCAAGCAACUAGAGCACGCAAGAAUUGAAGCCACGUUGUUUGCUAGACCUUGGUCUGACAUUUUAUCUACUGGAAGAAGAUAUACAGUCGGAGCGAUUCCUUAUACCACAGUUGGAACGCAUGGCAAAGCUGGAGUGGAAAUCAAUGAUUUAUUAAAGCAGUACUCCGUUGUUGGAAGGUCGGAGCUUGUACUUGAUACAUCUUUAUUGAAAAACAAUCCAGAAGUGAUGGAAAAUAUGUCACUGCCCUUGAAUACCAUUGUAGACGAGCCAAUAGAAAUUAAGGAAAGUGAAAAGGAAUGA